CUCCCACGCAACAAAAAUUUGUUUCUUCUGAGGUGUCAACUGUCUACAACUGCACACAAGAGAACUGAAGAAGCAGCAGAUAAUCAUAGACGAACCAGAGGCAAUUCCAGGACUUUUGGAACAGAUAUGGACCAGAAUAGUGUGGAAUUGAAGGUUACAGAUAUUCUUGAACUUUUAAAGACAAGAAAAGUUGUUCUUUCGGGGAAAUCAGGGACUGGGAAAACAUGGAUGGCAAGAAAAGUUGGUCUCCUUGCUGUAAAAAACCAAGAUGUUCACUCUACCCCUUGGAUUUCUUUGAGUGUUGAGCAUGACUAGAUGGCUCUUUAUGAGCAUAUUGCUAAUCAGCUAUCUGUUUUUUCCACUCAUAUAGAGCUGGAAGAUGAGGAUAUUAACAAGGUAGAGGAUAUUGUUGGUAAAAAGGAAACCUUGGAUGAGUUGAAGGAAAAGGUACGUAUGAGACUUUCAGCUGAUGGUGCUCCUCAAAAGACUCUUGUAAUUUUGGAUGACGAAGGAAGCAAAAUGAAAGAAGGGGAUGGAGACUUAAACAAGGUCCUUCAGUUUAUCCAGCAGCACUUGAAAACCAUUGCUAAUGGAGAUGGAGAGCAGAAACUUAAGGUGCUGAUAACUUCUACUAACAAAGAUGUCAGGCACCAAUCUGAGGGAGAUAAGAAAGUGUUUGAGAUGAUGCCUCUGACUCCAGAAAUGUCUAUUUCUUGGUUAAAGAAAGGAGCUGCGGCAAAAGUAUUUGAAAUUUCUGGUGCAGAAACUUUGGUUAAAAAAUUCAUGAAUAAAACAGGUUUUACACCUCGUAAAGUAGCCUUGCUGGCAAAACUAUUAAGUUACCAUCAACAAGAUUCCCAAGUGCAGGAUCUGGAACAUGCUUUGGAAGAAGCAUCUGGUGGUGAUAAUUACAUUUACACCCAGUUGCUCUCAAGUGGAUAUGAAAAGGUGCCAGAUGGUGUUUUAGUUGACUUUUCUUGGCAGGGCAGCCAUUUUUUUGGGGACCGUGGAUCGGUUCACUAUGGUGAGUUGAUAGCAUACUGGAUACUGGAAGGAUAUCUUGGUGUUGUUGAUAGUCUUGAGGAGGCUUAUAAGGAGGGACACCGUGUUAUGAUGCAGCUUAUGGACUGUCAAAUGCUGAAAAAAGUGAACGAUAACAUCCUCCGCAUGGUGAGAGGAACACUAAAUGUUAAUGCUUAUCAUCGUCAAGGAUAUGGCGGAACAGCUAAUAUGGGGUUGGCUAAUGUGCUUGUGGAUAAUAAUGAUUGGCAUGGUAUUGGAAAUGUCACAGAGAUAGACAGUAUGAUCAGAACACUUGGCAGUCAUAGAAAGGUGCAGCAAUUAAUAACACUUUUACUAGAUGGGACCUGUCUCAGCAGGGAAGACCCGAAUAACCUCUUAGAUUCCAAUAGGGAUCUGCAAAUUCUAGGUCUUUUUAGUCUCAGAAUAGUAUCAUUGCCUCAAUCCUUUUCCUACUUGAAAAAACUGAAUGUCCUUAUGCUCAGGGACUGUGAGUUCUUAGAAGAGAUUGAUGACAUUAGAGAAUUAUUGACAUUAACUGUACUUGAAGUAUCUGGUUCUUGCUUGAUAAAAAGUAUACCGGAAAACUUUUUUCAACAACUGACCCGACUUUGUAGCCUCCACUUCUCUGAUCUUCAGAUUGAAGUCUUGCCUAAAUCUUUUUAUGACCUUACAAAACUCCGUUGGUUCAUUCUGAAAGGAUGUUCUCAUUUAACAAAGUUGCAGAGUUUGAGAAAGUGUGAAGAACUUAUGGUGGUUGAUCUUUCAGGUGCUGCCCUCUUGCCAGUUUUUCCUGAAAAGAACUUGAGACAUUUGCCGAAGCUUAAAACAUUAAACCUUUCAAAAACCAAUAUCAAAUAUUUACCUAUUUUUCAUGAGACUGGGGAGCUUACUCAUCUCUCAGUGAGUGGUUGUCGCAACUUGAAGAGACUUCCCAGCAUUCAGUCUCUAACCAAUCUGCAAGUUCUUGAUCUUUCAUGGUCAGCCAUAAAGGAGUUCCAAGACAAGUCACUACACAAUAAUAGCAAUCUCAAGGUUCUUGACUUAUCUGGUAUUGGCAUUCCUUCAGAUUUGUUACCUUCUAAUAUCAGUAAACCUUGUGAGUUUUAUUUGAGAAGCUGUUCGAAGAUAGAAUAUAUAAACAUUGCUGAAUCUCCCAAAGAUCUAGAGGUGCUUGACAUUUCGGGUGCCUCUAAUCUUGUCAAAAUUGAAGAAAAGUUCUUUGAAUCUUUAGUAAAUGUUCGAGUUCUCAACUUGUUGGAGACAAAAGUCAAAGAUCUGCCAUCCCUUGCUGCUCUCCAGAACCUUCGUCGGCUGUUACUUUCUGGUUGUUUGCAUCUAGAGAAGCUGCCAAGCUUGACUUCAAGCAAACUGGAAGAAAUUGAUCUAUCUGACUGCAAGGCUUUGACCAUGAUAGAAGAUGAAUCUUUUAAGCAUCUACCUCGCCUUAGGCGGCUUGUCCUCUCCAAAUCUAAGAUUACACGGCUUCCAGAUCUCAACUCCUUAUUAAACCUUGAGGAGUUAAAUUUGAGUGGUGUUAAAUCAUUCAAGAAAGUUGAUUUCAUUGAGCAUAUGAGUAAACUUCAGGAUCUCAACCUAUCUGAGACCUUGCUUGAACAGCUACCCACCUUAUCAAGUCUCAAAAGCCUUAAACAUCUGUCUUUAAGGGGCUGUGGACAUCUGGAGUCUAUUCCACCCUUAGAAGCACUUCACAGGCUUGAGACUCUUGAUCUUUCUCAAACAGCAGUAAGGCAUCUGCCAUCCUUGGGAAAUUUGAGCAACCUUCAUAUUCUCUUGCUUAGAAACUGUUCAAACUUGGAAGACUUUAAAAAGAACAAGAUGCUUGACAUGUCUGGAGUGGAAAAUCUUCCUUGUGGAAUCUCAAGAUUGACUCAGCUGGAACAUAUUGCUUUACCUAGUACAAAGAAAAAUAAUGAGGCAGCUGAAAGCAACAAGGUGAUUAGCUGGCAGCAAAAUCCGGGUGAAUCACAUUGGUUCUUAUCCAUUGUGGAUGGAAUUGAACCAAAUAUUGGCAGAUCUUUAAUGUUUUGUGAUGGUUCACUAUUUCUUGAAUUUCUGCAGAGCAAUCCUUCUCUAUUGGACGCAAACUCAAAUCAUUUCCAUCUCUCUAUUCAUCCUAUUGAGGUGCACGAUGGAGCAGGAGACUUGCUCUUCAAAAAAGAUGAAUUGAUUUUCAGAGAUGUCUAUCUGUUAUCUAGGCAUUACUCUAGAUCACAAGGGCGAUUAAUGGAGAUUCAUCACCUCAACACUUUUCCCAAGGGUGCCGAGGCUGUUCUUGGUAAUGCUGAGUAUGUAUUCUUGUUUGAUAAUUUGUUUUUGAAAUCAUUAUCUGAUCUGGGUGCUAGAAACAUCAAGAUGAUGAAAGGCUGUUGGAUUGAGGGAUGUCAAAAUAUGGGGUCUGUAAUCGGGAUGGAUGACUCAGUGGAGAGUUCUGAACUGGGGAAUGCACUUGAAAUUUUAUGGAUUUCAAAUGCUUUCAGUUUAAGGAGAGUAUACAGUGAGAACCUGCAGAAUCUGAAGUGCUUGUAUCUAGAUUGUUGCCUAAAGCUCUCAAGGGUUUUCUCUUCAUCCCACUUGCUGCAAAAGCUUGAAAUUCUUCAUGUCAAAUUUUGUGAGAAUCUGGAGGCUCUGUUUAAAGAUGAUGUAGAAGAGCAAAAACUGCCUAGUUUGCGAACAUUGCGUUUAUGGGAACUACCAGCACUGAAAUGCAUUGGGUGCAUAAUGCCGUCUCUACAGCUUUUAGAAGUAGGCGAGUGUCCCAUGCUUAGACAUGUAUUAACUUCAGGUCUUGUGCCAGAAAAACUCGAGGUCCUUAAAGUCAAAAAUUGUCAUGCAUUGGACAAAAUUCUUGAAGGAGUCGCAUCAGACUACAACAAAUUGCCUCAGUUAGGUGAAGUUCACCUACAGGGAUUACCAAAGCUUACAAGCAUCGGGAUUGAAGCACCCUUGUUGAGAUCUUUAGAAGUUCGGGAUUGUUCCUUGCUUAUACAUGUUAUUUCUUCAACCCAUAAGCCAGAAAACCUGGAGGUCCUCAAAGUCAGAUUCUGUGACAACUUGGAAACUUUGUUUGCAGGCACAUCUGAGGAUUGCGGAUUGCCAAGCUUAGAUACAGUUCAGCUGUGGGGUUUACCCAAGCUGGUUAGCAUUGGCACUACAUUGCCACCUCUGCGGAAGUCCAUUAUCAGGGACUGCCCCAAACUAACUAUUCCUAUGUCAUGAUUGACCAGAUCUUUGAAUGCACUUCAGGAUCUAUAUGCCAUGAUUUCCUUGAAGAGAUGUUGAUGCACUGUCUAGGAAGUGCUAAAGGAUAUGUCAACUGGACUGGGAACGGUUGAGGGAUGUAUUCUUAGCAUGUACAAAUUAUUCGGUCUGAAUUUCACUGUUAAUAGCUUAGAAUGAGACAAAUUUCCAUUGUACAUUUUUGGGAUAAUAUUAUCUGGCCUACAUCUUGAAAGACAUUGUCAUUUUUCAUGCAAGUGGAUUGAUUUUGUAGCUA